UGCUAAAAUAAAGUUUGUUCAAUGAAUCAUAUAUUCAGAAAAAAAUCAACAACAAUUUAAGUUUUAUAGUGUUCUUGAGUUUUUACGGUUGUUUAGAGAUUAAAGAAGUUCUUGACAUUUCAGAUUCUUUUGGAAAUAUUUAUAUUUUUUGAGACAUUAGGCCUUGGCUAUACAAUGGAUAAAUAAAAGCAAUUUAUAACUAUUAUAUACAGUACAAUCAGACAAGUGACGGAAUUAAAGUCGAAUUCGUGUAGCUUUAAGACGAUAUAAUUAGAUGAAUCAAUAAAACAACCUAAGGUCAUUCUCUCUCAAAGCCCAUGUAAUUCAUACCACAUUUAUGACGUGUUAUUAGUUAUCAACCCAUGUAUGGAAUUAUUUGCACAUUUAUAAAUUAUUAUAGGCACUGUUGCUUGUGCAAUGUAUUACUUAGUAAAACGAGGUCAAGAAUAAUUUAUUAGAAUACAAUACUUUUAUUCAUCCGAGAUGUGCAACUUUUUUUCUUGGGUAUGAUAAAUUAUAGAAUUGAAAUUAUUCUAGAAUGUCUUUAACUUACAGCAUUAGUACAAACAAUUAAACACCUAGAAACUGUGAUAUUUAAAAAACGGAAGGUUAUGUAGAUGCUUCACAAGGCUGUGAAGGUGCUUGUGAUAAUUUAAUAAUUGAUUAGUAGCCUAUCAACUGCAAUGUGAGUGAGUAUGUGCGUGUUUGUGUGUGUGUGUGUGUUCAAGGUCUCCAGUUUCAGGCCUUGACGUCCGCCCUCCGGGGAGGAAACGGAACGGAUCUGUAGAUGCAGUUCUGCUCUGCUGGCCGGUUUCAGAACAGACCGGGGCGAGCUAAUCACGGAAUGACGCUGUGCUGGGUUUCUCUGUCAUAUAUCCAUAAGGACAACCCGCAUCCGACUCUGACGUGUACGACCCCGGAGGGUGACAGCGGUGCCACACAACCGGUUAUCAAAAUUGGAGCUGCAUCAACAGAUAAACGUGGCACGGGGAUUUUUGUCCGAGGACUCAUUUGAGAGAAAUACCUUCAGAGCCUUGGAUUAGGAGGGUAGCCUAUUACGUGGUGGAUUGCAUCGGGCCGCAAUGUCAAUCUUGCCCUCUUUCGGCUUUACGCAGGAGCAGGUCGCAUGCGUCUGCGAGGUGCUGCAGCAGGGUGGGAAUCUGGAGAGGCUCGGACGUUUCCUUUGGUCCCUGCCAGCCUGUGACCACCUCCACAAGAACGAAUCCGUGCUGAAAGCGAAGGCCGUGGUGGCCUUCCACAGGGGAAACUUCCGUGAGCUCUACAAGAUCCUGGAGAGCCAUCAGUUCUCCGCGCACAACCACCCGAAGCUGCAGCAGCUGUGGCUGAAGGCGCACUACGUGGAGGCGGAAAAGUUGCGGGGCCGCCCGCUAGGCGCUGUGGGCAAAUACCGUGUGCGCAGGAAAUUUCCUUUGCCCCGUACGAUCUGGGACGGUGAGGAGACCAGUUACUGCUUUAAGGAGAAGUCUCGGGGCGUGCUGCGUGAAUGGUACACGCACAAUCCCUAUCCAUCUCCACGGGAGAAGCGGGAGCUCGCGGAGGCAACGGGGCUGACCACCACACAGGUCAGCAACUGGUUUAAAAACAGGAGGCAGAGAGACCGGGCAGCUGAGGCAAAAGAGAGAGAAAACACCGAGAACAACGGCGUUGGCGGUAAGCAGAGCCAGCGGUCCCCGCUCGACGGAGUAAAGUCGCUCAUGUCCAGCUCGGAGGAUGAGUUCUCUCCGCCGCAGAGCCCCGAGCACAACCCCGUGCUUCUACUGCAGGGGAACAUGAACAAUCCCGGGGCUCCCGCAUACCCAAUGCCCGGCCUCGGUGCACAGCAUUCGGUGCACAGCAUGCAAGGACAUCCGCAUCAGAUCCAGGAUUCACUAUUGGGAUCUCUAACAUCCAGCCUUGUGGAUCUAGGAUCUUAGGACGUCUCGUGCACAUUUUAAACGACAGGACUUAAAAACAUAAAUAACCAAUAUUUACCGCAUAUUCUUAUGACGCACAGGACGUUUGCUGAAAUAAACUAUUCUUUUGCAAAUAGGGAGAAAAUCAAAAGAGCUUCUCUGAGUUUUGGGAAUUUUGAGUAUACUGGACAAGUGCGUAAAAUUUGCAAAACCAGUGAGGCCAGUAUUUAAGAAUAUUCACAGUACUGUUGAAUGCAUAAACCUUUAAUAAUUUAUGAUGUUUUACUCAAAGAUUAAUUUAUAGAAAUUGUUCUGUAUUGGACAGUACGAAGAGCAGGGAUUUUUAAUGAGAAAAUUUAUGGCCUCAGACAUCUUUAACUAAACUCUAUGGAUGUGGAAACUUUGUUUCGUUCUUUUUUAUUUAGUUUAAUUUUAUGUAACACUACAUAUAAAACAGUGGCUCUACAACUUUUUUUAAAAAACACAUUGUCCACAAGUCGUCAAGUCAACGCUUUGAGCAUUUGUCUUUGACUUGGAAAAGCUUGUUAAUAAAUAAAGAAAAUCAGGAAACUACAAUAAACAAACACAAAGGCUCAAAAUAAUAAAAAUAUGUCAAUUCACGUGACAUGCCCGAGCCGGAAGAGGACAUGAGCGCGUGAAAAAUGAGAACGCCUGAAACAUCAACAAGAAAAAUUGGCCCUUACGCAGAGGGCAGAGAGACGACAAGAGGCGCCAGGCUACGCGCAGGGCCGAGUCUGACUUUUUGACCGUUAUUCAGUAAAACAAAAAUUAAAAAAGGUCAAAAAACGGACACAUUGAGUCACUUCAAGCCUUGCAACAAUAAGUUUGAUAAACACUUACUAGUUAAUCACGCUGACCGCGACUUAACAAAAAUUAGUGAAAAACGAGACAGACGGAGAAAGGGGGAGUAUCGCUCAUUUUUUCUGUUUGUUCUGUCAGUUCUGGGCCACUGAAAAUUGACACGUUCCGCAAGAGCCGCUCUAAAGACCCUCCACCCAAAACGCCUGGUCCACCCAUACCACUAAAACAAUUGUGAACUUUUGUUCUAUUUGUUUUUUUUUUGUUGUUUUUUUAGUAAAGACUCCAGACACUGGCAAACAAAUUAAAUUUUCAACAAAUUGAAAAACUGAAGAUUAAAAAUAUUCAUAUUUAAAAGAUUAAAGACAGUACAAUUCCAGCUCCACAUAUGAAAAAACAAAAUUUCUGGAACAUUCUGCAGUGUGAUCAGCACAAAUUCUGUCUCUCUUUCUGUCUUUUUUAUAUCAAUAGUCUCAUGUCAGUGUAACUGGUUUUGAACAGAGAGUGCAGAGGGUUUCCGGGCCCUAAUUAGAAACAUUCUCCGAGUUUAGAGGGGCUUGAUUGCAGGAAUGAGGGGGACACCCUUCCAGCCUGGAGCCACAGGGUUGCUGCACAACAGAAAUUUACCUUCAGAGUUCAAUAAAGUCUCUAUCUAUGCAGAUUAUAUCCAAAGCUUAUUCAGCAUUCACUCUCACUUUUAACUAUACAUAAACACAGGCAAUUUUUCAUGUUGUGCCUGACCUAAACUGAGGAGCUCAGAAUUCUUCCACCAAUAAGGCCAAUGCUGGGCAUGAAUGUCAGCUGUGGUUUUAAUCAACAGUCUAAUUAUAUUUUGCACAUAUAAACAUUCCUUACAUCUGCUUUCCUCGUAUUGGUAGUUUAUACAAACCAAGAAAUUGAGAAAUCC